AUGGAGAAGGUCAUCAACUUCCUUACGGACAAGGGGCGUGGUGAUCAUUUCAACCACGUCAGGCAAAUUUUUGGACCAGAUUCAUUAGGUUUUAGUAAUGAAGAUAGGUUAAGUGUGCAUCCAAGUGUAGGGUGUCUAACCCAUGAUUACAGAGCCAAGAAAAGGAAAAGUCGCUCUAUUGAAUACACCAUUGGUUUUGGCCAA